AUGAUGGUGAUGGUUGGUGGCAGCGGUGGUGGUGAUGGUGAAGUUUCUGCUACCGCUGCCAAUUAUGUUGCUCGAGUGAAUUCGCUUCCAAUGCUUAAUGGGGCAAAUUUCAAGCUGUGGAAAGAGAAUGUGGAAAUUGUUCUCGGCUGCAUGGAUCUCGACAAUGCGCUAAGGACUGAGAAACCCACUUCCACUCAGGAAAAUCCAAACACGGAUAAAAUUGAGAAGUGGGAACGCUCAAAUCGCAUGUGUUUGAUGAUCAUGAAACGUUCCGUUCCGGAGGCGUUUAGGGGCUUGAUUGUUGAGACUACUAAUGCCAAGUUGUUUCUUAAGGAACUCGAGCAAUACUUUGCUCGAAAUGAAAAGGCUGAAAUUGGUCAAAUCUUGUCCAAACUCAUAAACAUGAG